UCUCUCUCACCCUCCUCUGCAUCGGGAAAAAUGGCUGAAGCUAGUAAGCCGGUGAUGAAGAAAGCUUCACAAUCUGUUCCUUCGGAGAGGAGUAAGAGAGAAAAAGAACAAUUCCGUAAACUCUUUAUCGGUGACUUGAGCUCUGAGACCACAGAAGAAAGUCUGUGGAACUAUUACCGGCAGUGGGGAUAUCUUACAGACUGUGUGUUAAUAAGGGACCCUGCCAGCCAAAAAUCAAGAAGAUUUGGUUUCAUCACAUUCUCUUCCAUGGCUGAGCUGGAUGCUGCCAUGGCGGCCAGACCUCAUUUCAUUGAUGGGAAGAUGGUUACGCCCAAACGCGCUGUCCCAAGAGAAGACCAUGGAAAGCUGGGGGCUCUCGUCACUGUGAAGAAGCUGUUUGUCGGCGGGAUCACAGAAGACACGGAGGAACGUCAUCUUAGAGAUUACUUUGAGAAGUACGGAAAAAUCAGCGCCAUUGAGAUAGUUACUGAUGGACAGUCUGGCAAGAAAAGAGGCUUCGGAUUUAUUACUUUUGAGGACCAUGAUCCCGUGGAUAAGAUCGUGUUGCAGAAAAAUCAUACCAUCGAUGGUCAUCGUGCAGAAGUAAGAAAGGCCUUGUCUAGACAAGAGAGGCAAGAAGGCCAACAUUUCAGAAGUCGAGGAGGAGGCGAUGUUGGUUUGGGGUAUUUUCAUGGUGUUGGUGGAGAUGUGGGAGCAGGACGAGGAAGGAACUUCAGAGGAGGAGCCAGUGGGUAUGGAAGAGGAUGUCAGUUUGGGGAUGGCUCUCACGGGUACGGAGGAAGAGCUGGAGGUGGCAGCUGGGGGCUCAGGCCUGGUUACGGGGGAGGACGGGGAGGAUGCGGUGGUGGGGGGUCUGCAGACGGCUACCAGGAUGAGGGCUUCAGAGCCCGUUGUGACAACUAUGGAGGAGGAAGUCACACAAGUCGCAAUGUCAGCGAUUCAGGCAAUCAGAAGCAGAACCCUUCUAGGUACGAUUUACUGAAGAGUGGAAAGCUGAGAGAGAGCAGGAACACGGGCGGGUCGUAUACUGGAGGAAAGCACGGCCCAGGAGGCAGGAGCGGCCGUGGGGGCUGUGGAGAGACCAGGCACUGGGGGCCUUCUCAGUGGCCGUGGGCUUGACUGUAUGCAGAGGAAGGAAUCACCGCCCGGAGGGAAGGGAGGGGCUGC